CAGUAAUUUUGACAUCCACCAACAAGGCAACAACACGAGUAAACUCAACGAAACAUUAAUUAAUUACUUAAUAACAUUAUUCCUGCAAUAUACUUACAGUAAAUGACGUAUUAAAAUAUACUAAUCGCCGCUUAUUGAACUCAAUAUGGGGCUGAAGCGAUUGAAACAAUAGGGAUAAAAAGGCCCAAGAUUCAAGAAUAAAAAUAUGUAUUGCUCGUUCGUGGUCAUCGUCCAAAGCGUAUCGUCGGCUGCACCAUCCUAUCCGCCGCUAUUCCAAUCGGCACUGAAAUUUUUGGGAGAAACACUGGUAUGGGAAUCCAACGAAACCGUCGACCGGGCAAAGGUGCUUCCGGAAUACGAUUUUAUCGUGGUCGGGGCCGGAAGCGCUGGAUCGGUAGUGGCGAGCAGACUGUCCGAAGUCCAAAAAUGGCAGGUGCUGUUGAUCGAAGCAGGACAACAAGCCUCACACAUCAUGGACGUGCCUUUGGCCGCUCCGUUUUUGCAAUUUGCCUCGAUUAAUUGGAAAUACAGAACAGUUCCGAUGAACAACUCGUGUCUAGGAUUCGAAGGCAAUCGAUGCAAAUUUCCCAGAGGCAAAGUCAUGGGUGGCAGUAGCGUGCUGAAUUACAUGAUAUAUACACGUGGUAACAGAAAGGAUUACGACAAUUGGGCGGAUAUGGGAAACACGGGUUGGGAUUACAACAGCGUUCUGAAGUAUUUCAUCAAAUCGGAAAACGCCAACUUGUCUCACUCCGAGCCGGAUUAUCACGGAAGAAACGGAUUGUUGUCGGUGUCCGACGUCCCUUACAGGACUCCAAUAGCGAAGGCUUUUGUGGAAGCAGGGUCGCAAAUCGGACUUCCUGUUGUAGACGUCAACGGAGAGAAACAAGUCGGGAUCAAUUAUUUACAGGCCACCAUGAAAAACGGUCUCCGACACAGUACGAACGCUGCGUUUCUUUUCCCAGCAAAAAGGAGAUCAAACUUGCACGUAAAAAAGUUCAGCACAGUAACCAAGAUACUGAUAAACGAAUCGACGAAGAAAGCGAUCGGCGUGGAGUUCGUCAGGAGCGGAAAAAAAACUAGAGUGUAUGCCCGGAAGGAGGUGAUUGUUUCCGGUGGAGCCAUAAACACACCACAGCUGCUCAUGUUGUCCGGAAUCGGGCCCAAACAACACCUGGCGGACCUCCGUAUCCCGUUGGUGACGGACUUGCCGGUCGGCGAGAACCUGAUGGACCAUGUGUCGCUGGGUGGACUGGUGGCGACGGUGAACGACACAGUAUCGAUAAGGCUCCACAGGGUAUUCAGUGACCCGAACAUUCUGAACGACUUGCUGCAGAACCACAACGGCCUCUAUACAGUGCCUGGUGGACCUGAAGCCCUGUCUUUCGUGGACGUGAACAGUCCGGACUUGACGGACGGACAUCCCAAUCUCGAGCUGCUGCUGGUGACGGGAAUGUACUCGUCCCACGAGCUGAUGCCCAAGCUGUGCGGCAUGAAGGCCGAUCUGUACGACGCAGUGUAUCGGGCCACCGAGGCUAUGGACGGGUUCACUGUGUUCCCGAUGGUGAUGCGUCCCAAGAGCCGCGGCCGCGUGUGGCUGAGGGACGCCAACCCGUUCCACCACCCGCUGAUCGACCCCAACUAUUUCGCCGACGACGCCGACCUGGACGUGAUCGUGGCCGGAGUCCGGCUCGUCCAGCAGAUGCUGCGCACGGGCCCGAUGAGGUCACUCAACGCCACGAUCCUGGAAACGCCGAUUCCCGGUUGCGCGCAACACGUGUUCGACACGGACGCGUACUGGAAGUGUGCCGCCAGACAGAUAUCGUUUACGAUCUAUCACCUGUCCGGCACGUGUAAGAUGGGACCUGCCACAGAUCCGACGGCCGUCGUCGACCCGAGGUUGCGCGUGCACGGCGUGAGCGGCCUGAGAGUGGUGGACGCGUCGAUCAUGCCGGAAGUGCCGGCGGCUCACACCAACGCCCCGACGAUCAUGAUCGCGGAAAAAGCGUCCGACAUGAUUAAAGAGGACUGGGACGUACGGACGUUGUAGAUAAUUUGAGCUGUAAUAAUAUUAUAAUCAGCGUUAAGAAUAUUGAUCCAAGCGACUGGCACCAAUCGAAUUUUUUAUUGGAGGCACCAAUCAAAGCGGUCCAAUUCUUGUCAUCGUCAGACCGUUUUUUUUUUCUUCAUUACAAAUACACGUAUGUAUUGCAUAACGUGUAUAGUGUUGGAGGGUUGUAUAUUAUUUAAUAUUUUAAUGAAUUAAAAAAUUGGAAAGUGCUGGUAGUUGGAAAUAGGUUUUGCCAUUCAUACCGAUUUUAUACAUCCAUUAAUAAUAAAUAUACAUUAACUCCAAACAUAAUAUUAAUUUAUUAUAUUAUACUUAUUGUGAUUUUUUUACUAAAAUAUUUUAACAUUUUUUGUUUACA